AGCUGCUGUAUCAGGAUGUGUUCUCAGUAUGGGAGGUGAUCUGGGCGGCUCCUCAUAUCUCCUCUCAGCACUUCGUCCUGUUCUUGGCCCUGGCCCUGGUAGAGGUCUACAGAGAGAUCAUCAGAGAUAAUACCAUGGACUUCACUGACAUCAUCAAGUUCUUCAACGAGAUGGCAGAACGUCAUGACGUGCAGCACAUCCUUCAGAUCGCUAGAGAGCUGGUGCACAAGGUCCAGUCUCUCAUCGAGAACAAGUGAUGAGGAGGAGGACGAAGAGAGGAGGAUGAGGAAGAGAGGAGCCAGAUGCCAUCACCCUUCGAUCCACCCUUCUGUCCUCCGCACCUAGCACAGCUUCCUCCCUCUCUUACCCCUCCAAAACCAGGGGAAGAGACAAAGACAUGGGCCCUCCAGCCCUCUCUCCCUCCUGGCCUCUAACCCUCAAUCCCUCCAGCCUUCAGCCCGCCAGCCAGACCGGUGGAGGAUGAAGGCUCCAGGUGACCAUCCUUUUCUGGAUGCAGGAGAGAACAGUGGAAAGGAGAGGGAUGUUGGCUGGGCCCAGGUUUAGAUUUGGGUCCUGGUUCCUGGUCUAGGUCUGUUCCUAGUCUAGUUCCUGGUCUGGGUCUGGUCCUAGUCUAGUUCCUGGUCUGGGUCUGGUCCUAGUCUAGUUCCUGGUCUAGGUCCAUCACAGAGACCAGAGACCCCCUGACCUCUCCUUCUCAGAGACCCCCUGACCUCUCCAUCACAGAGAACCCCUGACCUCUCCUUCACAGAGAACCCCUGACCUCUCCUUCACAGAGACCCCCUGACCUCUCCAUCACAGAGCCCCUGACCUCUCCAUCACAGAGACCCUUGACCUCUCCAUCACAGAGACCCCUGACCUCUCCUUCACAGAGACCCUGACCUCUCCAUCACAGAGACCCCCUGACCUCUCCAUCACAGAGACCCCCUGACCUCUCCUUCACAGAGACCCCCUGACCUCUCCUUCACAGAGACCCCCUGACCUCUCCUUCACAGAGAACCCCUGACCUCUCCUUCACAGAGACCCCCUGACCUCUCCAUCACAGAGCCCCCUGACCUCUCCAUCACAGAGACCCUUGACCUCUCCAUCACAGAGACCCCUGACCUCUCCUUCACAGAGACCCCUGACCUCUCCAUCACAGAGACCCCCUGACCUCUCCAUCACAGAGACCCCCUGACCUCUCCAUCACAGAGACCCCUGACCUCUCCUUCACAGAGACCCCCUGACCUCUCCAUCAGAGACCCCCUGACCUCUCCUUCACAGAGACCCCCUGACCUCUCCUUCACAGAGACCCCCUGACCGCUCCUUCACAGAGACCCCCUGACCUCUCCAUCACAGAGACCCCCUGACCUCUCCAUCACAGAGACCCCCUGACCUCUCCAUCACAGAGACCCCUGAGCUCUCCUUCACAGAGACCCCCUGACCUCUCCUUCACAAAGACCCCCUGACCUCUCCAUCACAGAGACCCCCUGACCUCUCCAUCACAGAGACCCCCUGACCUCUCCAUCACAGAGACCCAAGUAUUUGUUACCAGUCAGUGAUUGAGAUUCCUCUCAGUGUUGAUUCGGACGAUGGGCUAAAUGCGACGUGUGAUAUAUGUGUGACUUCAUCAAGUGUGACUUUGCUUUAGUGACACAACUUUAGAGUGUGAAUGACCAAGUAAGCCAGUAGCACAGAGACUGGGUACAGUACAGUGUAUAAAUACCGGGGUGCUCAGUGCACUACCAGUAGAGGCCUCUAGAGGGCCCUAGCCACUCACACAGGCUAUUAUGGAUUCCCCUUACAGAGGAGCAGAAGAGUUAAGAAGCCACGAAGAAGAAGCCUUCGUCUGUGACCAAAUUGACUGUGCCAACUUUCAGACCUUUUCAUUAAGUAUUUAUAUGAUCAGCCUUGAAACUUUGUCUUGUGGACCUGUUUUGAUUGGUUAAUAACCCUCUCUUCCUUUAGAAUGUUCCUCUCCCUAUAACCUUGCUUUAUGGUUUGUUAUUUUCUUCAAUUCCUCAGAUGUUGCCUUUAUUAUAUACCAAGUGUACUGUAUAUUCCAGCCUGAUCCACUUUGUUGUGAGUGUUGCCCUUGUUGGUCCAGUACCCAUCAAGCCCCCACCACUUCCCUAGUAGGGGCCAACACAGCUCUCCUUCGGGAGGUGGGCUUCGUUGAUUGGCAUAUAGCCUUUUCCUUCCCCUGUCGAAAUUCCAUUCUACGUUGUGCGCUAUUGACCACGACUGACCAAUGAACAUGACCAAAGUGAAAUUGAGUCAAAUGAUGAUAGCACAAAAAAAAAUCAUUAAAAAAAAGAUCAUAAUCCGAUUUUUAAAUGAUUAUGAUACUCCUGUAUGAGGUGAGACAUUGUUUGUGUCUUAAAUAGCACCCUAUUCCCUAUAUAGUGCACUACUUUUGACCAGGGCACCAUAGGGUGCCAUUUGGGACAUUUGACAUCCUUACUAGUCUCCAGUAGCUUCAAAUAAUAACCUGCACCCUUAUUUCCAAAAUGGCUGUCAUGGAGUGGUUUCCUACAGUUACCACACUGCCCAGUCUUCCCCGAUCCCGUGGUGUUGUGAAGAAAUCAGCUUCUUGAAAUGCAGAGUGCCCAUUACAGGGCGAUAGUAGUGUGGAAUGUUUCUAAAAUGGAACCUUAAUAAUUCCCUUUAUCCACGGGUUGCACAUUUCUUCACAAGUUUAGUUUUUGAAGGUCUGUUUUAUAGGAGUGAUGUCCAGCUGAGCGUUCUACUCGAGGCAGUCACAACGAGUGUCGGUGAGGAGCUAUUCUGACGUGCGUUACGGUAGCUUGGAAACACGAUUGGAUUUUCAAAAAGAGGGAAAUAAUUAGUAGGACGAGCUUUUGUCAUCAUUGUCAUGUCAUGCCAGAUUGACUUUAGAUACAGUAUAUCUUUAGCUAGCUAGCUAAUUUUGAGGGGAGAGCACCAACGUUUUUCCAGCUAACGUUAGCAUUGCUAGCUAUUUCUGACAAACUUUGCUAACUCACGGCAACAUUGCCAUCUCUAAAGUCAACUUGACAUCAUACUGAUGGCAAAGUUGUUUUAUACAAAUGAUUUGUCUACUUUAGCAAUGUCAUCGUAUUUCCAGGCCACUAUAGUGUAAAUUUGACUUAAAAAGUCAUUAGCCCCCCUUUUUCAGACUGAGCAUUAGGGAUCAGUCAGAAAACAAUAUGCUGGGGCAUAUUGAGUGACGGAAGGGCAACCCGUGAUUAGUGCACUACUUUUGACCAGAGCCCUGGUUCUCAACCUUUUUUCGUUACUGUACCAGCAAAGUACAUUUUCUUCUGCCCAGAGUACCCCUGAAGGACCUACCCCCUUAUGUGUAUUUCACCAGUAAGCGUAUGGGCUCAGGAGAAUGUAAGUAAUGUACCCCGUGUGAAUAGGCCAAGUAGCCCUAGUUGAGAACCACUGGUAAAGGGAAUGGGGUUCCAUUUCAAACAUACAUGGGUUUAAGUACAGUAGACGUCACAACACACGUGGUAGUUUAUGAUUGCAGUGUGAAGAAGGGGAAAAGUUUAGUAGCCUGGAAUCAUAACUUAUUUUGUGAUAUUUAACUGCUGUUACAAUGUUGGGUGCAGCGUUUCAGUCUGGUUCAACCAGGCUAGAUUUGAGGCCCUUAGGAGAGCUAUUUUCUUCCAAUCAGGACCAUGUGUACCAAAGCCUCAAAAACAGCCUGGCCCUGAGGUAUGACGACAAGGUGCAAUUUCAUACCGUAUCGCAAAGACUGUUUAUUAGGUGUACAAUAUUUUUUUAAACCACGCUGUUUAAUUCUAGAUUAUAACUACUGUGCAAUUUCUGUUUUGACUAUCGAUGUAAUCUCUCACAUCUAUAAUGACUGCUGUAAAUAAAUAAACAAACCCCUCCCUCUCCAAAAAGCCCAAUAUUUCUAUGAGGACGGAAUAAGGAUAUAACGUAUUUUAAAGUGUAUUUUAAUACGUUUGGGUUUUAAAGCAGCGUGUAUUUGAGAAUGCUGAUUGCUGUGUAUAACAAUCCUGGUUACUGUGUUUAACUGAAUGCUGGUUACACUUUGUUGACUGUUAUGUUCUCUCAAUGUUGUGCACUGAUGGUGAAUAAGAAGAAAAAAUAUAUAUAAAAAAAUAAUUUCAAAAUUAUAUAUUUAUUUUGUUUUGAAAAGCCAACCAUUUGAAUUGCAGAUUAGGUAUUGUAUGUAUCUUUUGCCUUGAAUGUAAUGUAUUACUAAACACAGUUUAAUCCUUAUUAUUAAAACAUUUUAAUAACUGGGA